UUCCUACUACUACGUUCCCGUCCCGUCCCCUUUUAAAUUCAUUAAAACUGAUCCAACCAUUCGUGUUUCUCAUCGCAGAUCCACUGCGUCAUGAGACCCCUAUAAACUCUGGACUCGAUAUAUAUGGGCCAUUUUCACGAUACUAAUUAGCUCGACCUUCCUCCAAAGGGACUGUCUCUAGAACAUCACUACUUUCGGUCCUCCCGGUUGUAGUAGAGACACUACCAGCGUUGUCAGGUUUUUCCCACUAAACAUCACAAACACAACCUAGUUAUUCAUCUCAUCCUGUGAAUAUUUUCCUCUUAAUCGAAAGUAAAACCGAGAGGAACAGAUAAAUUACCUAUUUACAACUCAAUUAUCUCCCAUCAUCAACCAUUAACGAGGACCAAACAACCAAUCGAUCAAGAUGAGCUCUCCAUCACAAGCCGGGCCUUCUUCGCCCAGAGAAGAGAAGAAGGAGAAGGGUUUCAGCAAGCUUCUUAAUCGUACCAAGACCUUCCUCAAGAGGGAGAGUUCUUCAAUGUCGUCUAAGCGUCAGUCGACUCUCGGUACCUCUCAGCCAGCUGCCCCAGCUAAGGCGGAAGAGACUCCCAAGACUAGCCAAGCUCCUGCGGCUGAGGUCAAGAAAACCGACGCCAGGGCCAAAUAUGAAGGCUUGGAAGGCGUUUCUAAGUUGACAAGGAGUCAACUGAUUGAGGAGCGUGCUAAGAAACUCAGCGAGCGUUACGGACUUGAUAUCAACGUUUCCGAACUCCAGACUGGAUCUCCCAAUGACACCGUUCUCCGCAUUGACAAGCCGAUCCGUAUGCGCGUACGACGAACCUGUCACAAGUGCGACACGACCUUUUCUUCCGCCAAGGAGUGCCCUAGCUGCCAGCAUGCCCGUUGUACCAAGUGCACCCGCUACCCUCCCAAGCGAAGCGAGGCCGAAAUCAUUGCCAGCCGUGAACGACGUGCCGCCAUCAUCAAGGCCAACAAGGAGAACGCUCCCAUUAUUCCCGACUACUCUUACGCUUUUGAUGAGAAGAAGAUCGUCCUUACCCGACCCAGCAAAACUGGUGGCCAGGACCUGGUUCACAAGAAGCCUCGUCAGCGUGUGCGAAGAACCUGCCACGAAUGCUCGACCCUCUUCAUCUCCGGUAACAAGACAUGUGCCAAGUGCGGCCACGUUCGCUGCACCGACUGCCCUCGAGACCCGCCCAAGAAGGACAAGUACCCAUACGGUUAUCCCGGAGAUGAAUUCGGUCCCAACAGUGUUCCACAUUACCAAUGCAAGGAAUGCAAGACGAUAUUCCCAACUGGUGCCGAAAAUGGAAUACCGUGCACAAAGUGUGGCUCGGAGAAAACAGACGAAUCGCCUCGUGUUAAACCUCGCAAAGUCGAACCUGAACCAGACCCAGAGGUAUUGAAGAGUUUACAGGCACGACUAGAGAGUUUAAAAGUGACAUAGCUGGCAUAAGCGAACAGACGCCCUCUUUACUGGGCGUCAGGGGGUGACGAGUGGGGGCCAUUUUCCUAUCAUUUCAUACAUAUACACACAACACAUACGACGACAUUCCGAAGCGAGCGAGGGACGGUUACUGGGAGAUUUAUUAACCAUUUUGCAUGCGCCAAAAGAUCGCCCGCCAUUAUUUCCCGCCAGCAGUCUAUUUACUUAUACCUCGGUCACAUGUUGUACGGUUCAUCCAUUCUUGGCUACGGGACACAAUAACAUCCGACACGAGCCCUCUUGGUUUUUUACGAGAUAGAGGUGGCAGUUUCAUAUCAGCCGACGCAUACGACAUCACGAUCUGGAUCUUUCAAGCGUACUCCAUGAUUUUGCAUUCUCAGCCAUCAGUCAUUUAUAUGCAUUUACGAACAAAGAGUUUUAUGAUUCAGGGGAGUGGGGUGAUGUACAGGGUUGGGGGAGAUGCGGUUGAUUUCUAGAGAGGUGCUGAGGGGAGAAUUGUGUCUUGUUAACCAAAUACGCAUUCCCUUUGUGGACCGUGGCUCUGCAAGGAUGGAUACCACAAUGGAUAGGCCACAAAGUCGAUGUAUUCUGGCGGCAGCGAGGAAGCGUUGUUCUUCUCAUUCUCUUGGUUAACUCAAGUUCUUGGGUUCUAUUUGCGAGUGCUUCACUCGUAUUAUAUCAAUGAAAAAGAUGUCAAUCCUUCUUUAUU